UAGCCAAACACAGAAGCGUGGAUGCGACUCGUUUAAAAAAAAAAAAGCGCCAUUUGAUCAAAAUAGGCUCACCUAAACGUCAUUUAUCGCCACGAAAGUGACCAAGACAAUUUCAAGUGGUGGAAAUGUCGACAAAGAAACUAGCCAAAGAAUUGGGACUGCUGAGGCAGCGUAGUCAGUCGUCCAUCGGGGAACAAAAGGCUCUGCUGUCAAAUCAAACGUUUUCAUACCUGAUCGUCAUUGAUUUUGAAUCCACGUGCUGGCGAGAGAAAAACAACCCCACUCAGGAAAUUAUCGAGUUCCCUGCCGUUCUUCUCGAUACAUCCACGGGGGAGAUUGAGUCCGAGUUUCACUCCUACGUUCAACCUCAGGAACGUCCAAUACUGUCAGCCUUCUGCACCGAGCUCACUGGGAUCACACAGACACAGGUGGAGGCAGGGGUCCCCCUCCGGAUUUGUCUGUCUCAGUUCGGCCGCUGGCUGCAGAAGCUCCAUCUGGAGAAGGGUGUGGUCUUUCCCGCCCAGCAACAGAGCUCCUCCUCUGAGUAUCCCGAACAAAAGCUCUGUGCUUUCCUCACAUGGUCAGAUUGGGAUCUCGGUGUUUGUUUGCACUAUGAGUGCAAACGCAAGCAGAUCCACAAACCCAACGUACUGAACAGUUGGAUUGACCUGAGGAGCACGUACAGGAUGUUUUACAGCAGGAAACCCAAAGGCUUGAAUGGAGCGCUACAAGAUUUGGGAAUACAGUUUUGUGGCAGAGAACAUUCCGGUCUGGAUGAUGCCAGGAACACGGCUCAGCUGGCAACGAAGAUGAUGAGUGAUGGGUGCGUGAUGAAGAUCACGAGAAGCUUGGAGAGGGCCCCACUGACAGUUAAACCCACGAUGACAAAAACCAGCCAAAAGGCACGUGGUCACAACAGUGAAGACCAUCAGAGUGCAAAAAAUAAAACAACGUCCACAGGGAAUAACAAUCUGGUCCUAAACCCUGUGGACCAAAAUUCUGUUCAGACUCUCGUGUCCCCAAAGACAGUUCUUGAUAGUAAGACAACACCACUGUGGGGCAUCCGGAACAACAACAAAAGCAAUGGCCUGGUUCUGUGCUCCACCAGCAUUGGCAGCCUCGAACCUUCAACCUCAAAUUCUGAAAGCGCGGCGGAGUUCUCCGUGGAAGACGAGGCCCGGUCCACGUACGACGACGUGGGUCUAGAGGACUCGGAGGGGGCACUUGUUACUGAUUGCGACGCGGAGGAUUCUGAUGAUCCAGUUUUGGAUAAAUCAAACACACCUCAGAUAUUCAAGUCCAAAAGCUUCUUCCAGCUCCAGGAGAGGACUCCCACCCCUGACACUAACAUGUUGCGUCCUGGAGGCGCUACCACACGUGCAUCCGGGACGCAAAAUGGCGGCAUCCUUUCGACGACCAAUCAGAAGGUGACAUCACCGCUGUGCGACUGUGGACGCCGUGCCAAGCGUCUCCAGGUGUCCAAUGGGGGGCCCAACCAAGGGAAGGGGUUCUACUGCUGUUCUGGCCGCCGCUCGGGUGGUGGCAGGGGUGCCGGGGCGACCAAGAAUAAGGGGUGCCAGUUCUUCAAGUGGGAGUCGGCGCUAAAGGCUAGGUGGUCCCUUUCGUUGGCUCACGUCACAGCCACACGGCCGACUCAGAGGUCCACACUCAGGAAGAGCUGGUAAUAUAGUCGAGAUAGACCGGUGGGUUUUUUUUGUUUUUUUUCCCCAGGACCAAUUACGAUUAUUAGUAGUCAAGGAGGCCGAUAAAUAAUAUUUGGAGCUGAUAUUCAUUUGCAGUAAAAGAGAAAAUAUUGGCUUCAAUUUUUUUAAACUCUUAGAUUCAUUUACCCCAACUUUUCUGUGUAUAACACACAUUUCUUUGUUAAAAAAAAAAAAAAAUCAUAAAAAAUUGAGGGUGCAUUUUAGGUGUAAGAAAAAUUAGUCCGCCUUAACCUGGUGAAAGUCAAUGUAAUAAAUGUGCCUCCCACUACCUCCUAGGGGUGGGUGAGUGUUUGACAUAACAGGGCAUCGGAUUUAGCGUCUUACAAUCAGAAUCGUCUUUAGUUGCCAAGUGUGUCAAAAACACAAGGUAUUUGUCGCUGGUCUGUUGCUUUAAAUAGCGUUGCUGUAAAGGAUUGUGGGUAAUAUAUCUUUCCUUUUGUAAAGGUUGGUCAAGUAACCUAUGCUAAAGGUGGCUUAAAGGUUGUAUCGAGGCACCUUUCCUAAAAAAUGUUUUUAAUUCAAACCACAUAUCCUUUUUUUAGUACUUGCAGUUCAUCUCGUUUGGAUAGAAUAGGAAGGUUCCAAAGGGAAAAUUAGAAGCGGCACUAUGUUUUUUUUAAUGCUUAUUUCUUUCCUCAUCUCUUACCUACCGUAUGUACUCCUUUCCCAUAGUACCACCCUAGUGUUCAGACUGAGACACCACGCAACUGAAAUGCCGUGUUACAGGCUGGUGAAAUGUAUUGCAAGAAAGUUCCACCGCUCCGCCUCUUGCCCCUGACGCAGAAAAAUGGUGACUCAUCAAGUUUACAUUCCAUAAGAUCAUGGGUUGCUUUUAAAGGUUGUAAAAUGGUCAAAUGAAGUCAUGGACUAUGUAUCGGUCUGUCAUGGUGAAGAUGGAGCUGAGCCAAAAGGCAAAGCUCUCUAUUUAGCGCUCGAGCUCCGUUCCCACCUUCACCAAUGGUGACGGGCUGUGGGUCGACCAAGAUCGCGGAUACAAGCGACCGAAAUGAGUUUCCUCCCUUAUAGAUAAGAGCGAGAAGCUCGGUCGUCCGGGAGGGGCUCAAAAUCGAGUUGCUGUUCCUCCGCAUUGAGAGGAGCCAGAUGAGGUGGCUCGGGCAUCUGAUUAGGAUGCCUCCAGGACGCCUCCCUGGUGAGGUGUUCCGGGCACGUCCCACCGGGAGGAGGCCUAGGGAGCGACCCAGGAUACGCUGGAGAGGCUAGGUCUCCAAGCUGGCCUGGGAACGCCUUGGGAUCCUCUCAAAGAGCUGGACGAAUUGGCUGGGGAGAGGGAAGUCUGGGAUUCCCUGCUAAAGCUACUGCCCUCGCGACCUGACUCCGACCUAAGCGGGAGAGAAUGAAUGAAAGUUGCUAACACAGUAUAUCAUCGUUUUUUUUUUUUUGCAUUUACUUGGACAAGGAUUGUCUGCUUCAGUGGACACUAGUACAAUAUCUGAAUGUUCUGUGAAAUCGAAAUGUCAAGCAAAUUUUAUUGACACAGCACGAAAAG